UUUAACACAAACUGCAGAAUUAUAAACUUCAUCCACUGCUUGAAGGAACGAUGCAAUCUGGACCCUGAAGAGUGUGUCGACCUGGUGGACAAGACAGGUGAGCUGGCGAACCUGUGGGCCAGGGAGCACGCAAUGGAGAGGGCCAGCAGUCUGCUGAGGGACAGGCAAAGCUACAUCCUCAUUCGGGUCAUCAGGGGUGAUGGGAUCGAGGGCCCCAAGUAUGAACCUCUCCUGAGUGAUCCAGGGAAGAGCCAUCGUGAGCUAGCGGAGCUCCUGAAGAAGCUGUCCAACCCCCACAAAGACAGGGACAAGAAGAAUCCGUUCAGGAGGGCGUGGCCACAGAGGGACGUCCCCACCAAUCACACAGCCAGGAGCAAACGUGCCGCCACCCCCAAGAAGAGCGCCGCCACACUGCGGAACUGA